AUGUCAAUUCUGCUUCCAUCAUACAACUCAAAACAAAACAACGAAAACAACAGCAACAAUAACAACAACAAGAACAAGAACAACAACAAGAACAACAACAACAACAACAACAACAACAACAACAACAACAACAACAACAACAACACACAACAACACAACAACAGCAAAAAAAACAACAACAACAACAACAACAACAGCAACAACAACAACAACAACAACAACAACAACAACAACAACAACAACAACAACAACAACGACAACAACAACAACAACAACAACAACAACAACAACAACAACAGCAACAGGAACAACAACAACAACAGCAGCAGCAACAACCACAACAAUAGCAACGGCAACAUCAACAGCAACAGCAACCACCAAUAA